CUGAGCCUGAGCGUGUGUGUGUGUGUGUGUUGUUUCUGGUAUCCUUCGGUCCGCGCCCUGUUCCUGGUCGUGAUCCUGUCGUGCUAGAGAGAAAAAGAGAGAGAGAGAGAGAGUGUUAUCGAGCGCUGCAACGCAUACGAGCGAUAAGAUAAUGUUGCUGUUGGUGGUAGGAUCGGCGCUGAUCGCCCUCGGCAGCCAGAUCGAUGCGGUGAACGUCGCCACCUCCUAUAGCGUGGUCCACCACGAUCAGCCGUCCCAGGCCCAGCCACGGCUGCUGCACAAAGGCUCAGCCCACCACUACGCACCGGUCAGCACUCACCUUGCCUACAGCCACGCCGAGGCACCGCACUACGCUCCGCUGGUCAGCAAGACCCGCUACACCGUCCCGUUCCUGAGUGCGCUCCACCAGCAGCCCCAGUGUCCGGCACCACCGACCUGCGUCAAGUCACGCUACCGUACGCUCGAUGGGUCUUGCAACAACCUGCAGAACCCGACCUGGGGUACCCCGAACCGUCGCUACGGACGUCUGCUGACGCCCAAGUACGGUGAUGGUAUCUCGCUGCCGACGGUGUCCGUCACUGGGGAGGAGCUGCCCAACGCACGAGUCGUUUCGCUGGUCGCGUUCGGCGAGCAGGACAUCGCGGACCCGGAGUACACCCUCGGCAACAUGCAGUGGGGACAGAUCAUGACGCACGACAUGAGCAUGCAGGCCGGCGGAACCCAGUCGAAGAAACACCCAACCCGUUGCUGUACCGAUGAGGGCAAACUGAUCGCCAAGGAGCGUGCCCCUAGCGCCUGCUACCCGAUCCUGGUGCCCGAGCACGAUCCGGCCCACUCGCAGACCGCAACCGAGUGUAUGAAUUUUGUGCGUACGAUGACCGACCGGGAGGAUCAGUGCACCCCGACACACCCAACGCAGCCGGCCGAACAGCUGACGACGGUGACCUCAUACCUUGAUCUUUCGCUCGUGUACGGUAACUCGGACCAACAGAACGCUGGACUCCGGGCGUUCACCGGUGGUCGGAUGGCGGUGGUGGAGCGUGAUGGGUACGAAUGGCCCCCGAAUAACCCGAACUCGACGGCCGAGUGUGAUCUGGAGUCACCGGAUGAGGUGUGCUACCUGGCCGGAGAUUCGCGUGUCAACCAGAACCCGGGCCUGACGAUCAUGCAGAUCGUGCUGCUGCGCGAACACAACCGGCUCGCGGAUCAGCUCCAGAAGUACAAUCCACACUGGGACGACGAGCUGCUGUUCCAGGAGGCGCGCCGCAUCAACACGGCCCAAUACCAGCACAUCAACUACUACGAGUGGCUGCCGAUCUUCCUGGGCUGGGAGAACAUGCUCAAGAACCGUCUGAUCUACCGCGUGAAGGGCGGUGAGUACAUCAACGACUACGACCCGAGCCAGGACCCGUCGGUGCUGAACUCGCACGCCACCGCCGCCUUCCGGUACUUCCACUCGCAGAUUGAGGGACGCCUUGACUUGGUGUCGGAGAUCCGCAAACCGACGGGAUCGCUGCGACUGAGUGACUGGUUUAACCGUCCGUCGAUCCUGGAGGCCGGCGACAACUACGACUUCCUGACCCGGGGUCUGGCCACGCAGCCCGAGGAACUGACCGACACCAACUUCGACGCCGAGAUUAAGCACUUCCUGUUCCGCCGUGGACGUCCGUUCGGUGGUGAUCUGCGGGCUAUCGACGUACAGCGCAACCGGGACCAUGGACUGGCGGGUUACAACGACUACCGCGAGUUCUGUGGCUUCAAGCGGGCCUCCACCUGGGAGGAUCUGAUGGAUCUGAUUUCGCCGCAGGACGUGUCCAAGUUGCAGUCGCUGUACGCGAGCAUCGACGACAUCGAUCUGACCGUCGGUGGUUCGCUGGAGGCGCACGUCAACGGUGCCCUGGCCGGGCCCACCUUCCUGUGCAUCCUGACCGAGCAGUUCUACCGCACGCGUGUCGGCGAUCGGUACUUCUACGAGCGGGGCGAUAAGGAUGUGGCGUUCACGCGUGAACAGCUGGCGGAACUGCGGAAGGCCAGCAUGGCCCGUCUGUUCUGCGACAACGGCAACCACGUGACGUCGAUGCAACCGAAGGCGUUCCUGCGGAUCUCGCACAGCAACCAGGUGGUGCCGUGCCCGCAGCUCCCGGAGGUUGACCUGUCCCUGUGGAAGGACUUGUCGUACGAUAACAGCCUUCACUCGUUCCACUAUUACCACAACUACAAGAAAUAAGCCAGCCAGUCUGCCAGCCGACUGGGACUGAGAAGAUGCACCAAGCGAGUGUUGUGUUUAGUUUCCCCCUCUGCACCACUGUUUUCAACCGCCCUGCCACCAAUCCAGUCACCUCCUACCAACAUCUUUGCACAUGAUCCUUUCGCCCGUUCCUCGGUUCCUGCGGAUGAUUCUCUGGAGCAGCGAGGACGACACCGCUUCUUGUUGUUGUUGUGUUGUACACCUUUUUGAGAUUGACUCAUCCAUUACGCGCACCCCAUGCUCGAUUGCUGACCCAGCCUGUAGUGUUUGUCCAGCGGAAAUUCCUUCCAGCAGCAACAGCAGCAGCAGCAGCAGAGAAACGGCUCCCAUUUUUCGGGUAUCCGCCCCACGGUCAGCUCCAUCAGCCGGCAAAAAACGCCAAACAUUCAAUCGCCAGUGUGUAGAUAAGGAUAAGCAGAUCCUGGACUCCGGAUCCCGGACCACACGUUUCGUCCCGCGUUUCGUUUCGUUUCUUGUUUUUGUUUUGCCAUAACCUCACUUUGGUCCCGAGGAUCAGUAUCGUCGUCCAUCCAGAGACAGAGACCAGAGUUCCAGAUUCUUCCGCACAUCGGAUGGAGCCACUCCAUUCGUCGUAGGUUACCUCCGGGAUCCGGGCAGCAUCUGUUGAUCAUCCAUUACAUUGCAUCCUUCAUCGUUGCAUUCUUCCUAUCACACUCCCUUCUCUACUGACCUUACUUGUAGUGUAGUGGUAAAGCGAAGUAGUGUUAUUUAAAAAACGAUGAAAUUAUAUUAGCUGUAUGUUGUUUUGUGAAUAAAGUUUCCUA